AUGAGUAGAAGAGCGAGUAACAAUGUUCGAGGUCCGACGUCUGCAUUGACAGAGUUUCUUCGAGAACAAGGCAUCACGUCAACACUUAUUGCGGCUAGAGCUAAUACGCGUGAAGAAGAGCAUUUUGAAGCUGGGCCAAGUAAUGCGGCCAAUGGCGACGUAACCAACCAAGUAGAAGAGACGACUCAGGAGGCAGUUGAGUAUGACUCGGACAAUUUGGAUGGAGAAAAUGAAGAGGACGAAAAACCGGCGAAGAAGCGCAAGCUCAGUAAAAAGGAAGAAGAGAAAAUGAAGGCAAAAGAGAAAGCAAAAGCGAGGAAGAACAGGAAGAAAAAGGGUGACGACGAUGACGACUACAGUGAUGGCUCUGAGGAUGACGAGUACAAUGCACUAUCUCGCGGUGCGUCGUUCAAUAGGACGAGAGCGGGUCUCUCAGGUACCGCCCAGCCUCCUAUUGGCAGCUUUGAGGACUGUGUUAAGUGCGGGAAACAAUUCACUGUGACCCGUUACACUAUGGCAGCAGUUCCAGGCCCCGGUUGGCUGUGUCAUCUAUGUGCAAAAGCAAGCGGUGCUGACCCGUUCAAGAAGAAGUCCGCUCCUCGUCAGCGGAAAGCUCCAGAAGAAAAGCGCAAGAUCGUAAAUUACGAAGAUAGAGAAAUACCUUCCUUGGCUUCUUUGUGUAUUAAGGUCGUCAGUCAGCACAUCGAUGAUGUCGAGGCUUUAGGGGAUGUUGGUUUUACGAACAGGAUUGAAAUAGGAAGAGCACUUGCAAGAAACCGUAGCUUAACAAUUGACAACGCCAUGCUUCUCUAUGACGUGAGAAACACUGAACUCACGAUCUAUGAUGCAACUAAACUUGGCCCAAAUGCAUUUUGCACUCUGGCUUCUUUAAACCCGGCUCUUGAAUCACUCCGAGUGGACUUUUGUGGCAUGAUCAAUGACAUUGCAAUAAAGUUCUGGGGCGAACAUAUGCUCAACCUCAAGCGCUUAGAACUGCUUGGUCCAUUUCUUGUCAGACCGGAUGGAUGGACAGCGCUAUUCGCAGCAUGUCCUCAAUUGACCGGCCUUCUCAUCACUCAGUCCCCUCGUCUUGACAUAGAAUGCAUGGAAAGUCUUGCGCAAUAUUGCACUGACCUGGUGGAGCUGCGAUUGAGCCAAAUCGGACUCAUGAGCGACGAAUUCCUGGGAUACGUUGAGAAUUUCAAGAACCUGACGAGCCUGGACUUGAGCGAGCCUUCGAAGAGCCUAGGCACGGAGGCAGUAAUCGCGCUGCUCAAUGCAGUUGGCUCGAACCUUACCCACCUCAAUCUCUCCAAGAACGACCUCCUUACAGACGAAUUCGUUACUGAAGGCCUGACACCCAAUGUUCGUGUCCUGACAUCGCUGGUAUUGGAAGAACUCCCAGAGGUUACAGAUGCCGCGAUGGGCGAUUUCUUCGCGAGCACUACUAAUGUCCCUAUGCGUCAUGUUUCCUUACGAAGGAACCACGAACUCGCGGAUAAGACAUUAGUUGGACUUCUCAGUCAUUCCGGUUUCGCCCUUGAAGAACUGGAUAUCAAUAGCUUCAAGUCUACUUCAAAUGAGGCACUUCUAUCAAUUGGAGAGCAAGCUAAGAACCUCAAGAAAAUUGAUGUUGGGUUCUGUCGCCAGGUGGAUGAUUUUGUUGUGAAGGCUUUGCUCGAUGGAUGUGAAGGGUUGAAGAACAUAUCUAUAUUUGGCUGUAAUAAGUUAACCGAUAACUGCCCCAGAAAGCGUGGUGUCAGUAUUUUUGGCAUUGAGACUCACGCUGUCUGAAUGACUGCUAUUUAUUGGCCAACCGGAUUUGGGUGACCCGUAAAACGUCAUGGCUAAAAAUGCUUAUGCAAAGAAAACUAUUCAAAUCUAUCCGACAAUCGCGAUUUGGAAUUUUAUUUACUCCCGUGGACAUUUACCUGAACACCGCUGUAUUUGAGCGACUGCCUCAUGGCUUUUCCAUCAUUGUUUCCGUCCUUGCACCGUUCGGAAAC